AACGGAGGUCGUUGUUCUAUAGAGUAAUCGUAACAUCUGCGAUUCUCUCUGCUCCGAUAGCUGCUUCUCUCUCUCUCUCUCUGAACUCGAUAUUAUCACAUAUACGUGUACAGUGAGGGUAUAUAUGUGUAUAUAUGAUGUAUACGUAUGUAACACGGAAUCUUAAAUCGCGUAAUACAUACCGUAAUUGUCAAAAAUGCGAUAUCCCGAUAAAAUCGCAUGAUCGCGUUUUUGGGCCCGUCCAACGGUCCAUCGAUCUUCUACGAUUGGCGUCGUCCGUUCACGUUGACGUUUGAAGAGCAAAUACAGGAAAAACGACGGGCAAGAGAAGUAGAAAAAAAUGAACAACAAACGAUGAAUUACCAGAAAUUCUUCGUGAGUGUAAUUUUGACAAAUUCGUGUCAACGAAAUCAAGAUUGAUGCAGAAUGUGUGUUCACGUGAUUCGUGACAGUCGUUCGUUCUGAGCCCGAGGCUUUCUUCUACAAACAACAUCGUUAUCCGAUUGUUUUGUUUCUCAAGUUCAUAGAGCUUUCAACGCUCAAGCAUCAUAGGCAUCAUAGGCACAUACGAAGUCCUAUUGUGAUAUAUAGUCCAAAUGAUCAGCGACGGUGGAUCUCUCUAGGCGUGCAAGAUCGUCCACUGAGAAGAGGAGGAAUCCCCUGUUUCUUACUUCCUGGUUCCUCAAAGCAUCAAAGAUAGACUCGGUGUGGGGUUGGGCGUCACCCCCGCUGCGCCUUCAGCUAGCCGGGGGUAACCGAGGAACAGCAUCAGGAAGCGGCGGUGGUGUCGGGGUUGGAGUUAGUGGAGCGGGUGUCGCUGUUCCAGGAUCAUCGGCAGCGGCCGCAGCUUCGUCUGCAGCGGCCGCUGGUGGACCAGGUGGCUCGUCAUCCUCAGCGGCAUCAUCAUCGUCAUCUGUAAACUGUGCCCAAUCCUCUGGUCAGAGGAUGGGCGAAAUGGUGGUCGAGCGGGCUCCUUCGCCCGCAAGACUGAGUCACACAUCGGAAAAACAUCCCAGAGCCACCCUCACGGAGCUCAAUGUUUUACGUAGACAUCGUGAAUUGUGCGAUGUUGUGCUCAAUGUUGGAACACGCAAAAUUUUUGCUCACCGCGUCAUUUUGUCAGCGUGCAGUCCUUAUUUCAGGGCAAUGUUUACCGGUGAGCUUGCCGAAUCACGACAAACGGAGGUGACGAUAAGAGACAUCGAUGAAGUGGCGAUGGAGCUUUUGAUCGAUUUUUGUUACACCUCGCACAUUAUUGUGGAAGAAUCGAACGUACAGACCCUUUUGCCAGCUGCCUGUUUGCUCCAACUCGCCGAGAUACAAGACAUAUGCUGUGAAUUUCUCAAACGACAGUUGGAUCCGUCAAAUUGUCUUGGUAUCAGAGCUUUCGCUGAUACUCACUCUUGCCGAGAGUUAUUAAGGAUCGCUGACAAAUUUACGCAACAUAAUUUUCAGGAGGUAAUGGAAAGUGAAGAAUUUCUGUUGCUACCGGUGAGUCAAUUGGUCGACAUAAUAUCGUCGGACGAGCUCAACGUGCGUACAGAGGAGCAAGUGUUCAGUGCUGUGAUGAAUUGGGUCAAGUAUAACGUGACGGAGCGUCGACAACAUUUGGCGCAAGUUUUGCAGCACGUACGUUUGCCAUUGCUGAGUCCAAAGUUUCUCGUUGGUACGGUUGGUUCCGAUCUGCUGGUUCGAUCGGACGACGCAUGUCGGGAUCUCGUCGACGAGGCGAAGAAUUAUCUUCUGUUGCCCCAGGAAAGACCGUUGAUGCAGGGGCCAAGAACGCGUCCGAGAAAACCUACAAGAAGAGGCGAAGUUUUGUUCGCUGUUGGUGGCUGGUGUUCAGGCGACGCUAUCGCGAGCGUCGAACGCUUCGAUCCCAAUACCGCCGAUUGGAAAAUGGUCGCACCAAUGAGCAAAAGACGUUGCGGCGUUGGUGUGACCGUACUCAAUGAUUUGCUCUACGCUGUCGGUGGCCACGAUGGACAAAGCUAUUUAAAUAGUAUCGAAAGGUACGAUCCACAAACUAAUCAAUGGUCGUGCGACGUUGCUCCCACAACUUCCUGCAGAACUAGCGUUGGAGUUGCCGUAUUAGAUGGUUUCCUGUAUGCUGUGGGAGGACAAGAUGGAGUACAGUGUCUCAAUCAUGUCGAGAGGUAUGAUCCAAAAGAAAACAAAUGGUCGAAAGUGUCGCCCAUGACGUCAAGACGAUUGGGAGUUGCUGUAGCGGUUUUAGGAGGAUAUUUGUACGCAAUCGGCGGGUCCGAUGGUCAAACGCCUCUGAAUACCGUUGAGAGAUACGAUCCAAGGCAAAACAAAUGGUCCCAAGUACCGCCAAUGUCAACCAGGCGAAAACAUCUUGGCUGUGCCGUAUUCAACAAUCUCAUUUACGCGGUUGGUGGACGUGAUGAUUGUAUGGAAUUAUCCAGCGCCGAAAGAUACAAUCCUCACACCAAUUCAUGGAGCCCGAUUGUCGCAAUGACAUCGCGAAGAAGCGGGGUCGGCUUGGCCGUAGUGAACGGUCAAUUGUACGCAGUGGGUGGUUUCGACGGUACGGCCUAUUUAAAAACCAUUGAGGUUUACGAUCCGGAGCAGAAUCAGUGGCGUUUGUGUGGUUACAUGAAUUACAGACGUUUGGGAGGUGGCGUAGGUGUGAUGAGGGCACCUCAGACUGAGAAUUAUAUUUGGUAGCUCAGGCCCCCUUAUUCGGCUCGACAGGGGGCUGAUACACCGAGGACGAGUCAUAAUAUCGCGGGAUUAUCGCCGAUAACAUCAUCAACGACAGCGGUAACACCGGUGUCGCCCGUAACACCGCCCCUUCCGCUUUCCGUUUCCCUCGCAUCGAACACGAGCACGCGAAAACGUUACAGACGCUCGAUGAGUAUAAUUUAAUAGUGAAACAAACUAAAAAUAUCAAUUCUCAUUGAUAAAGCUGCAUUUUUUUGUUCCUACAUCGAAUGAAAAUCAUUUGUCCGUGAAACGAGAAGGAUUUCAAACCUUCCAUUAGUUUUGAUAUUUUUUACUUUUCGACGCGUUUCUUUACCCACGUUUCUUUCUGAUUUUUUUUUUCAUUCAUUUAAUUUAAAUGCGAUUUUCACUUGAGCUAGAUGAGAAAAAGAGAGAGAGAGAGAGAGAGAUUUAUUAUUGUCUGUGUAUAGUAUAUUUAUCCUUGGUAUACCUCACCGUUAUCCGUACUGUUUAUAUUUGAUUAGGGCAAAUGCAACGCCAACUAUGAUAAAAAUGGAUCAAUAAGAAAAAAAAAAGAAAAAUAUGAAACUGAGCCAACGGGAAAUGUGAAAAGACUCGCGACUAGCAUCGCACGACUGAGCAAAACGAUAUCAUUGAGCGAUCCCACAAAGUCGCGCAUUCCGACCGACAUUUCGCGUUCUCUUUGAUUUCGUUUUUUUUUUUGUAUUUCAUAGAGAAUUAGAUAUUUUUUGUUUCAUGAAAUAUUAUCACUAUUGUAAUUACUUUCGUGUUCAAUGUCAAAUUUUUGUAAUUUUCUUCUGUUUCUCUCCGCUUCAAAACGGUCGCGGAAAUUUCAUCGUGAUUCUUCCACAGCGACGUGAUCGCAAAGCUUCCUGCGUAUAUAUAUUUAAUCGACCGAUUUUACGGUCGUUUCUUCCUCUGCUCCCCUUCCCCCUCCACGUCUGAAAAAAUAUGUAGUAAGAAACGCAUGAAAUAAUGUUAUCGAACGAAACGAUUAAGCAAAAUGAUAAAAUGAAAAUACGCACGCGCGGUCUCGUAACUUGACUAUGCACACUGCCAACUCAGAUUAUUUCCUUCGAUUACAAAAUAUUCCCAUUCCCUCAGUCCCCCCCCGCCCCGCUCCCUUUCUCCACCUGUCACCUGUCAAUUUUUAAUUUUUACUAUUUUUUUUCCGUUACAUUUUAGCUAUUCGAAUACCGCUAUUUAGGCAUUAAUUGUGAACUGUAAAUGAUCGAUAUUGGUUUUGUAUAUAUGAAAAAACAUAAGAUCUUGUCUGAAGAUACCUAUGUUGAGAGAAGAAAAUGAAAAAUAUAUUGUUAAAACAAUCACGACGAUGAAAAUUAAA